GAGCGAGGGGGUGGCUUUCUGCAAAGUUCUCGUAGCCAGCACGGGUCGCUGGGGACCAUUCGGACUGAGGGCCCCGUGAGUGCAGGGAGAGAGAGCGAGAGAGCGAGAGAGCGAGUCACGCGUGAGCGAGGCAAGGCCGCCCGAUGGAGCUGAAGGUGUGGGUGGAGGGGGUACCGCGGGUGGUGUGCGGUGUCACAGACGCGACCACCUGCCACGAUGUCGUCAUUGCCCUCGCUCAAGCGCUCGGACGCACGGGGCGUUACACGCUCAUCGAGCGAUGGCGCGACACGGAACGCCACCUGUGCCCGGGCGAGAGCCUGGCAGCGGCGCUGGCCGCGUGGGGGCAACACUCGGCCGACGUGCAGCUGCUACUGCGCCGCACGGGGCCCGGCCGUGAGCAGGACCCGGGGCCUGGCCGCGCCUUCCCGCACCAAAGCCUGCCCCAUCAGGGAAGGCAGCGUCCCGCCGAAGCUGGUGCCAGGGCCACCGUGGUCGCACCGGAGCCUGACUCGGAUUCGCUUCGGCGUCGGGAGGUGAUGCGCAAGUCGCUCACAUUCACGCCAGGCAUCCGCAAGCUGCUGGAGAAGGCGAGCGGUGGGCGAGGCCAUGGGGAGCCGGCGGGCGGCCCCGGGGCACCCGUGCCGCCGGCGCGGCCUGACGAGCUGAAGCGGCUCGUGCGGCUGCAGAACGAGCGCCUGCGUGAUGUCGAGAUACGCGUCGACGCGUCGGACGCGGAGCUGCGGCGCUGGGAGGAGUGUGACUCACGGAGCGGCGGCGCCGACGAUGAAGACGACGACGAAGACGACGACGAUGACGAUGAUGGGGGAGAGGACGGCGGCGCCGUGGCGGCGAUAGCCAAGGAGGCGGCGCAGUUGGAGGCGGAGAUUGCUCGUAACGAGCGGGAGGAGGCGGCGCUGGAGGCAGAGUGGCGGCGGGAGGCGGAGCGCGAGGCGGAGCUGGCCCAGCGACUGAGCGAUGCGAGGGAGCGCGCGCGGACCGCCGGCGAGGCCGCACGGCGACGCACCGAGGAGGCACGCCGCCUCGAAGCCGAGGUGGCGGCCGUGCAGCAGCGCGGGGCCGAGCGCGGAGCCGCGGACCUGAGGGCGCGCCUGGCGGAGGUGGAGCGCGAGGCCCGCUCACUCGAGGGAAGCCUCGUGGUGGUGCACUGCUCGCUUGAGGAGGCUGCACGAAGCUUGCGUGAUAAGGAGGGCGAGGCGGAGCGCCUGGGCCGCGAGCUGCGCCAGCUGCACUUACAGCAGUUCAUUGCGCAGACGGGCAGCCGUGUCACCGUGCUCUCCGAGCCACCUGAUGACGCGACGGCGGUGGCGGUCGAUGCCGGCUCGGUGUCCCGCGAGCCCCGGCUCGUCCCGACCGCCCCCCACGUGCUCCACACUUCACUGCUCUCCAGCUUCAACCCCGAGAGCAUCUACGUGUGAACCCUGCUGAGCUUCGGCGUCUGCGUGCGGCACGGUCUCGUCCCCCACCACUGCUGAGGUGGCGCGGCAUCGUCGCUUCACCGUGACCGCGUUCAUGCUGAUCAGGCCGGCCGAGCACCUUCCGAGAUACUGCUUAGAGAAUGGUCCCAGCAACUUAGCGUCUGCUUACAUUUUGUGAAAUCUAUCCCCGGUGCUGGUACACGAGGGUCUACUGCUAUGGAGAACGGCGCCGGAUCGUUGGCAUCCGCAUGAAUGUGCAGACGAGGGAAGACCAGUGAACUCUGAACUCGGAGACAAGCUAGCUGACCACUUGGCCCUGCAGUCAUUUGUAAUUAUGACUUAAUUUGACGCGAGCUGCAGGCAAGCUGUGUUGUUGCUGCCUGUAGGGCCAUGCAGUGUUGUUACAGAGCCGGAACCUCGGCGCAGAAGACAGGAAGACGUGAACGUUGCCGUAGGUGGAGCCGCCGCUGCUGUGAUGUCGCUGCUGCUGCUGCGACGUCGCUGCUGCUGCUGCGAUGCUGCCGCUUCUGCUGCGACGACACUGCUGCUGCGCUGCCGUUGCUACUACGACGCAGCUGCUGCCGCGACAAUGAUGUCGCUGCUGCUGCUGUGACGAUGAUGCCACUGCUGCGCCGCCACUGCUGCGAUGACAAUGCUGCUGCGACGCCGCCACUACUGCGACGAUGCCGUGGUGUGGAAGCACUGUCGCUGCCGGGCCUGACCGUCGCCCCCCUCAGUGAAGUUCGUGCGCCGCGUCGCCGAGUUGGCAGGAUGCACGGCGACCACCUGAGGACGUCGUUUUUGUUAUUUUUAUUCCUGUUUGUAAAGGACUUGCAGUGGCCGUUUCACCUGCAGCGUGUUAUUAUGUCGAGUCAUUUUGUACCUUGGUAGCGCCCCAAGAUGGCGCUGGGAAUGUGUGGGAUCGGUGUGUGAAGGGCUCGGAAGACUGGGCCACCCAUCCGCUCAGCGCCACUGUCUUCAUCUGUUUACAGUUGCCACAUGGCUGCAUUCCUGCCAUCAAAUGUUAUUUUAAAAGCCACACAUUAAAUAAAUAAAACUUACCGUAUUUUUUUUUUGCCAGGUAAGGCCCACUGAGCUUUACAGCUCUUUUUGAGAAGCGACCUGCCCAUAAAUGAUUGCUCGACGAAGUGUCUUAUCAUCAACGAAGUGGCUUAAAUUAUAGCAACUAAAUACUCUAAACGCAUGUUUAUAAAUAUGGAGGGAAAAUACGGAGGACUUGGAGAAAAAUCCAUGCAACCACGGGCAGAGAGAGGCAUAAAAACUCCAAAUAUACAGGCGCCUGGGUUUGGAUCGAACCCACAACCUCCUGUAUACCAACUUUCCCAGGCUUCCUGUUAAGAAUCCGCUCCGCACAGGCGAACAUACAGAGGCUCUGGAAGCGGUGGUGGGAGUCUCCUCCUGUUGCUUCUUUGGGGCCUUAACAAUGUGUUCAGUGUUUGUGGGUUUUUAAUGAAACGUUAGGAUGUGAAUCGGGGAGAGUUUAUGAAUGAAAAACAUUUACAUUCCACUGACAAUAGAUUAUAUGACUCCUUCAGGAUAAUAAGCAACUCAUUACACAUCCGGCUGUGGCUCAUCUGUUUAUGAUUGCUCAAUGUAUUGGAAAGUAGGUAAUGUGCUACUGGCCAUUCACUACACUGGAUUUAAAACUAUUUCAUGACUGGGUGUAGGUAACACUGAUUUGAUGUGCAGGAAGCUUGUGUCUGGGGUAGGUAACACUGGCUAUGAAGGGAGCUUGUACCGUAUUUUCCCGCAUAUAGCCCGCAUACGCAUAUAACUCACAGACACAUAUACCCCGCAAAAAUAGCGUUUUGUGUAAAACAAAUUUCAGAUAGCCCGCACCUCCAUAUACCCCGCAUGCAUUCAUAUCUUUAACGUCGUUACCGCAGCUUAAUUCCAUAAUAUUAAUACAAAGUUUAUAUUUGUAAUACAUUCCACUAUCAAUUGUUAACAUUAAAAUCAUACCGUGCACAAAGAAAAGAAACUAACCAGAAACGAGUGAACUUAAAACAGUAAAUAAGUAAAGUAAAUAUCCAAUAAAUAAGUAACACAUUACUGAUAGAUAAGUAAGUAAGCGUACUGUUAGGCUUACCAGCAUUCGACCUCAUCAUAUUACAGCUACUGGGCCAGUAGUUACCCCUGUACAGUUUUAGCACUGGUAGAUUGCGCACUUCGCAGACAAUAGCGGCACUAUGGUAACGCCAUUACCUCCUGGCAACAAAGCCAUUGGAAGUUUGAAACAAAGCUCAUGGUCGCGACUGUGUAGUGCUCAGCUAAUAGCAGCGGCCUAAGGGACUUGGCAAUUAUGAUUCCGCAUCUGGUAGACGCUUGUUAGGGCCCUUCCCAUUGUGCAAUCCAUAGCCUCAGCUGAAACUUUCGCACCCCCCUACAGCCACUGAAAGUAUUAUGGUAAACAAAGUGCACCCACUUAAAACAUUGCCGUUUCAUUGUACAAACAAUUCGAAUCAUUGAAAACGUGAUAACAUGUGCAAUUUUAGUGUGAAUGGUUUAUUCAGCAGUGCUUUAGUCAAAGGUAAGUGUUACAUAGUGGAUAGUCCUACCAUGAAAACAUUAAACGAGUUAUGACAUCUUGGUUCUUUCGGUAAAGUCACGUAGAAGGGAAAUAAUAAAAUAAUAAAAAUUAAACAUCAUAAAAUACAAUUCUCAGGACGUUACGGCCACAACGCAAGCAGCCGUCCUGCUUGCGUUGUGGCAGAAACGUCGUGAGAAUUGUAUUUUAUUAUGUUUUAUUUUUAUUAUUUUAUUAUUUCCCUUCUACAUGACUUUACCGAAAGAACCAAGAAGAUGAAUCCCUGCAGUCACGAAAGCUUUAAAUCGAGAGUUAUGACAUGUCACACAUGUAAAAUAUUUUUGGGAUAGUCCGCACCUACAUAUACCCAGGGGGGUCUUGUUUUGUUUGUAAAAAAUUAACCCGUAAAACCAAAGUUUUUCACUAUAAAUCCUUUAUAUGCGUGGCGGCUAGAGUCCUCUCGUCCUCUGGCUUGAGAUGGCUGCCACCUAUGGGUCAGAUGGAUUGCCUGCCACCAUUAAGCAACUGGUAAUUAAAUAGAAUUUUUUUUUUCCUAAAAAGUGCAAAGUUAUGGAAAAAAAUUUUCACGAAAAUAAAUUGUCACGCACAACGAGUCUGUGUGCAAAAUGUCAGCUCGAUUUGAUCAUGGGAAGUGGGUUAAAAAACGACCGAAGGAUUUGCAUGGUCGCAAGCGCGCAAGCAAGUGAACUUAAUAUAAAGGAUUUAAAAAUGGUAUACCCCGCGGGUUAUAUGCGGGAAAAUACGGUAACUGGGGUGGGUGACACUGGUUAUGCAGGGAGUCGUAAUGUGGAGGAGAGCGGUUCUCGUGCGGCGGGCAGCCGAGUGCUGCUGUGUGUGGGCGCCGCUCAGUGUGCAAGGCGCAAGCAGGAGCAGCAGCAGCAGCGAUGUGCAGUGUGGCGAUCGUUAUUCAGGUUACAUUUAAAUAGGAUUUUUUUUAUGCCACCGGGAGGAACGGAUUAUCUCAACGUUUUUAGUCGACUAGCCUUCAGGAAAUAAUUUAACCCACUAAUGUGUUUAUUCAAGUGGUGUAGUAGAAACGAUGUUCGUUGUUAUCGUGCAGGUUUCUUGUUUUCCCGACCUGUCACCAUUGUCCACUGGCUGCUGGCGAGUAUAUGAAGCAAAUUUGAAAUGCCACUGGGAAGAAUCUACGCAGUGUGUUGUGAUGUGACGGUGACAUAACAGUCGCAUCACAGUGACAUCACAGUGGCAUAACCGUGACAUAACAGUGACAUAACAGUGGCAUUGCAGCCCCGUCGCGGUGCUGCCAGGACGAUGGCACCAUCGCUCCCUUGUGUCGAGGGCAACGGUGCAACUCGCAACAGUCGGGCUCGGUCUGUAAUUAUCAAUCGCGGUCUUUUUCAUAGUAAAUUCUUAUUUUUAUGCAUUUUACUCUAUAAGUUAUCCUAUUUUGUAGAAUUUAUUAGAAUUUUAAUGACUGGGUUUUUUAUUCAGGUAAUCGGCAUUUACCACUUCCGCCCACUAAGAGCCCUGACUAAAGCGGUGCCCAGUCUCUUGGCUUUUCACAGGAGAAUUAUAUCUUCCGUCGUGAAACCACAUUCCACAUUCAGUCUGUACCUCACCCCAUUGGCCAUGCACUCCCAUGACUAGGGAUCGGCAACCGCAUGCGGCUCUUUAAGGACUGUCUCGUGACCAUAUUCACAUGCAUUGCGGCUCUUCAAAUAUAUAUUUUUACCAAAUUCGAAAAAAAACGGCUCUUGUUAUUUUAAUUGCCAGCCCCUGCCCAUACAGAUGUGAACAGACAGACACAGUGGUCCCUGUACAUGGUGCUCGGUGCCGGCAGAGUGUGGCACCAAGGCCUUGAGGCCGACGAUCGCUGGGACCGAAGUAAGCCAGCUCCUCUCGUCACGCCCCGUAGCCCCAGAGAAGCGUUGCACUCCGCUGGAGGAGCCCGCUCCUCCUCCCCCUCUCCACGUCGCUCGCCUUGCCCAGCGUGCGUCCGAGCCGGCAUUGAGAUGCCGUGGUAACUCUGUCGAGUUGGAGCCAGCAGCCUAUAAUGAGGCGAUGCUCUUGAAAGGAGCGCUUUCGACAGUCUCGACGAGUGUGACUGCUGCUCAAGCAAUAUAGUGGCAGAGCUGUGAUACUCCAUGCCCGAGCAAUCGACGGUUGCACUGCUUGGUUGUGCAACUGAUCGACACGUGUGCCCAGUUGGGAUCUGUUAGUUUCACAGGAGAUGGACUCGGCUUGUCGGCGUCGGACUGCUCGGCCGUUGGGAGCAACAGAGUUCAUCAUUGCGUGUUGCACAUGACGGUCGCUACCACCCUGCCGUGGGGAGGCGCUAACCGGGGAAGAGUGCAGGGAUAUGCUGUGAGGGCCGAGGCUAGAUGCUUUAGCCACGCCCAAGCAUGGCCUUUUUGCUCAACCGCUUGCUUAUUUGUGGGCAAAGCAGUUGCAGGCGAUUAAGUUGCGUGCGUUUGGGCGUAAGAGCCAGAACUCUGAGGGGAGCAGGUGAGAGCUAUAUGAGCGAUUGCUGGUUUUGAUCUAUUGAGAUAUUUUUAGAAGUAACAUUCGCCGUUUCGUAUUUAAAUGCAUUUAAAUUUGAUUUGAGGACACGUAUGAUUUAACGCAUCAUUUUCUAUCCACUGCUGGAUGAAGACCUCAGUAAUAUAUACCCGGUUGCUUUAAUUUGUAUUUAUUUAUCCAGGAGGGCUACAACAUUAUAAUACUUCAGGAGGGUCCUGAACUAGCUUUAUAUUUUUAAAUGUAUGCAGGCAAUGAAUGAGUGUUUAUACAAGUGGAGUGAGUCCAACUGAGUCGUAGGACGAAGAGCUUCAGCUUGAGACGUAGAGCUUCCCGCUUCCAGAUGUUGAGCUUCUAGCUUGUAGCAUGCAGCGACCCCGGGCGCUCCACCCUCGGCCCCGCCCACCUCGAGCAUUCUCGUUCUCUCUUGAUCCUUCUCGAGAGCUCUCCCCGGACACGUGAUCACCCACUUGCCCCCCCACCUGGGGCCCUUGUGUGGACUCUCCGGAUCACGUGUCUACAGGGUCAACUCGAGUGCCAUGGCCCGGGGCAACUCUGCUCCUGGGCUGAUGCUCACCUACUCCCCCUCGUGGGAUCCUCCACCACACGCUGUGCAUGGUGUCCGCACUAUCCCAGUGCCCUUCAAGCCCCACAAGGGCUGGUAUUACACACAGCCACCCACACGGUGGUGCCCACGAUGUAGGAACAUCAAACGGCAUGGCUCUUCCGGGCCGGCACCAUACAGUGACAUUCCCGAUGUCACUACAUCACACCCCGUCCCCCCCCUUUCGUAGCAUCCAGCCGUCCCGGCUGUCAACUCCCCCUUUAAACGAACAAUAAGUGAAAUGCAACGCGGAAAAAAAACACUGUGUGCCUCAACAAUAACAAGAACAGAAAUAAAUACUCCAAUACUAUAUACAAAUGUACAAACCAACAUGGAGAAGUGUGGCAACCAACAAACCCAUAAUAACCACACCAUCUCAACAACAAUAUAAAAUAACCGCAUAACCCACGGGAUCCCCCAUUACAUCACACCUCCCACCUUCAUCGUAUAACAAUGGACGCGAGCUCAAUGACGACAAGGAUCAACCAAUAACCGCCGCGACUCGGCGAGUGCGACAAGCAACCGACAGACAGCGUGGGAGCGUGUGUGCAAGGGAAUCACGAAAACAACACCAUUCCAACAAUAUUAGAAAAAAACGCGUAACCCAUGGGAUCCCCCAUGCCAUCGCACCCCACACCUUCACCGUGUAACAACACUCGCGAGAAUUAAUGGCUGCCAGGUUCAGCCAAUGACCACCUCGACUCAGCGAGCACGACAGGCAAGCGACAGCGUGGGAGCGUGUGUGCAAGAGGAUCACGAAAACGAGUCUUAGAGCGAGUCCGUGAUGCCGCCCACCCCAGAGGAGGUGGGCUCGUUCACUCUGGAGGACCCGUAGGGAAUGUGCUAAUGUCCUGCCGAACCCGGCUCCUCAUGAAGAGCAGCAGGCCGGGCCGACCAAUCCACCGCUCUCGAAGCCCGCGAAACCAGCAUGCGCGGCUGGUCAGGGGAUGCCAGGUGCACAGCGGCCGUGGGCGGAACAGAAUCGCCUCGCCCAGGAGCAACCGUAGCAGCCACCCGCCCCAGGUCGCCGGACGCACUCAACACUCGGCCCCAGCGAUAUGGAGAUGAGAUGAAUUCGCACGGCGCGAUAACCGGUUCAAGGCAAGAGGGGCAGACAGCACAGCAAUUAUCCACAUCCCGGGAUCAUCGCGUGCAAGGUUCAGCACCUGCAUUCCCGACCGCUUCCUACUGGACGUGCCGAAGCCGCAUGAUACCACCUGCACCGUAGCAUUAGCCGUACACAACCGGGUAGGGGAAAGCAAAAAUGCCACACGGCGUCCGGAUGGCAAUUACAAACAGCCACGGUCAAUACAGAUUUCCAUUGGCAUCCUACCAAGGGAAUCGGUUCCAAGUAAACAUGGAACAGUCAGGGAUGUAGAGACAAAAAUUUGUGUCCCGAAAAGCUAACAUCAGCGAUGCGUACCUCGGACGUGAUCCGACCGAUGAUACCCAAUGAGACGCUGUCAGCAGCGACACAUGGCGCAUCGACAAGGUCGAGAACCCGACACUUAGGGGGCAGAAUGUAAAAAAUCAGGACUGAAAUGGUAGUUGCUGAUGCGCCCGUGUCGAUCAGCAUCCUUAUUCCACAGCCUCGAUAGCACUGUAGACGAACCCUCGGUCGCAGCCACUACUCGAUGGGCCAGCUCCGACCACUGCCCCGGUCGGAACUGACGCACCUCGUGAUUACGCGUAGGACUUUCCCGUACCGACGCGCGAUUGGGCCGUGAACCAAAUUGCUGAGAUGGGUGAAGUGAGGCCAGGGGUCGAGUUUGGAGUGUGUUGCGACUUGCCUCAGGGCGUAGAGAAGAGCAGGGUGGCGGUGAUGCCAGAAGGCGCCGACGUCGGACGCGGCAGCCCGAAGCCACGUGGCCCGAUAGACCGCAUGGGUAGCAGGUAACACGGCCGCCUCUGGAACGAGAAGAUGAUGUCAACCACCCCCGCUUGUCCGUCCGCCACAUGCCACCGCCACCCCGGUCGCCACCACUCCGAGUCGACGCGCCUUCCGUAAGGGGCCCCGCUCUAUGCGGUGGCCCUGGCUCCAAGUCACCAGCGCCCUGUCCCGAUGCAAAAGUUGCUGGGCUCGGACGCACUUGGCAACUUUGUGGUGCGCGACCGACGGAGGCUCGUAGAUGGACACCAGCUGGUCGAAGGCCUGCAUAAGGCUGGAUCUCUCCAGCGGCAGGAUGGAGAGAAACGCUGCAAGGGUGCCUUCGUCUAGGGCGGCAGGUCGCGCCCGCAGCGCCUCCUUCUCGGACCACCCUGCCAAGCCGGCAGAGUCGCCAUUCAUGAGCGGUAUCGCUGCUCCUUCUGGAACUUCCCUGAAGAUUCUGAGCCAUACACCACGUGUCCCUUCUGUCACCUUUGUCUCACAUCCUUACCCUGUCCUAUCACGUGCCCUUGCCAGCCAACCGGGCUGCUACAUCCUCAGAUGCCCCCUCUCUGCCAGCCACCAGGACCAUGCCCCCUAGCGACCUCUUCCAUGACAUCGUGUCUUCUGCUGGCAGAGAGGGCUACCUCACACGCCAUUCCUCUCUUUGUCGGUAGAUGGCGCUAGGCGCCGUAGUGACCCAUUAUAUGUCACUACACAAGUGGUAAGAAACCGGAGCACCCGGAGAAAACCCACUCGCGCAAGGGGGCAACACUAUCCCCGUACAGAUGGAAAUGGAUGACGAUUCGUCACUUGCUGUACCAUCUUCUGGCACGUCGACUCAUGGGAAGGAAAUAUCGCAGUGCUGGUUUACAGGCCAUGUACAUAGCCACUACCGCCUAGAUUUAGCUGCAGGAUGAGAGGAGCACUGCAGGAUGACACCCCUGCAGAAUGAGAGACGCCUUGCAGGAUGAUGAGAGUCCUGCAGGAUGAUGGGAGCCCUGCAGGAUGGGGUAGCACUGCAGAAUGAGGAGGGCCCUGCAUGCUGAGGAGGGCCCUGCCGGAUGAGGAGGGGCCCUGCCGGAUGAGGUAUGGGCCUGCUGUUUUUCAGUUUCAUUUAUUAGGUAAACACUGUGAGCCAUGUGGCUCUUGACUCGGGUGCAACCGCAACAAAACAAAAACAUAAACAAUAAACAUCUUAAAGUGACUACACGCAACAGAAAAAUCCAGGAAAAAACAGCAAAGUCUUCCAGAAAAAAACACCGUAUUUCAACGCUGUGUGCAAAAAUCCCAGUGGGAUGCAAGUCAAACAAUAACAACCAUAAGACAAUGUAGAUUAAAGUUAUCAGGCUAACUCUGCACUACAACAAACAAACAUGGCUAAAUCAAAACGUUUUCAAAAUAAGGCUAUAAAAACAAUGUAACAGUGAUCAUAGGAACUGUGAUGAGGAAAGCCCUGCAGUAUGAGGAGGGCCCUGCAGUAUGAGGAGGGCCCUGCAGUAUGAGGAGGGCCCUGCAGUAUGAGGAGAGCCCUGCAGUAUGAGGAGGGCCCUACUGUGCACUGGCUGCUUCCACUGCUCUCGCAUUCUCCCACGCCCCCGAUGUCCUAAUUUCAUCAUUUUACUCUUGGAUACUUUUCCAACUUCCAUGUGAAUGAAAGUGCUGUAAUACUAACACGUUAACAAACUGGUACGUGGUCGAUCAUGCCGGUAAGGUGGCGCGCUAUGAGUGAAGUGAGAGUGUCCGGUGAUGGUCCAUGUCUCUCGCUGCGCCCCGUGCACACGGGCACCAGGCAUGUUGGAAAAUUAGCGUUGGCUGCAUUUCCUGAUGUUCCAUUCGGGAGCUCCUCUCCUCAACCGCACCUCGUGAUCCUCUCUGAUGUUGCUGCUGCUGCUACUGCUGCGAAGUAGCGAGAGCCGCGGUGGUGUCUCGCUCGCCCUGCACAGACGAACCCCCGGAACAGAGGCUGGCAAAUGAAACCCCAGAGGUGGCGUCCAGAGGCGUAGCUAGGGGGGGGGGCAGGGGGGUACAUAUGUCCCCGGGCGCCAAGGUAAAGGGGCGCCAAAAUGAGGCUUACAGCGUUACAUAACUUAUUGCGGCGGGCGCGGCAGCCUGAAACUACUGCACAAAUCUACACCUCAACCUAAAAGUUUAUAUAUCCCGCCACACAGCCUACAUGUCAUGUAAUUUUAUUUUGGUACUCGCGCCUAUUAAGAACUUACAUGGAAGAACGUCCCAAACAACAAAAAUCACAGAGCAUUGUUUGUCAACUGUGACAACCACAGCUUAAACUUAGCAGGAGUACACUCAGCUAAACAGGAUCCACUUCUCACAUUUUUUGGAACAGUUGAAAGUAUAUAUUUGUUUUUCUCUCGUUCAACAAUUCGUUGGGAAGAGUUAAAAAAAGCUGUGCCCAUCACAGUAAAGCGGGAGUCUGAAACACGCUGGAGUGCACGAUCAGAAGUUGUUAAAGCUAUCUAUGAAGGACUGGAUGAACUAGUAGGGCUGCUAGACAAAUUAUCGGAGAACGUAACUAUAACUUCAUAGUUUUAUUACAUUUCUGGAAUGUCAUUCUUGGAAAAAUUGAUCGUGUUCAGAAGCGCUUACAGGAUCCUACUAUGAAUUUCAAGGAAGCAGCAACUGAUCUUGAAUAUUUGUAGCAUGAAUUUGUCAAGCUUCGUGAUGAUUUGAGCCAAGUUGCUGUAGAAAACGCCAAAACAAGAUGCACAGCCUGGGGGAUCGAUGUGGACAGAAGAAUUAGGCGACGUCGGAAGAUGCCAGGAGAACUGGCAAGAGAUGCAGGACUUUCAGCAGAAGAAGAAAUUGUGCGCGUUAUGAAGAGCGUAUUUUAUCGACUUCAACAGGAGAUGUCAACACGGUUUUUACGACUAAAAGACCUGAACACAACAUUUGGAUUUCUGCUGGACGUCAAAACUCUUCUAUCCGACACGGAUGUCGAUGCAAUUCGUCGAAAUUGCACAGAUUUUGGAAAUUUCUAUGACACCGACAUCAAUGGCCACGAACUUUUCACAGAAAUUGGAGAUUGCAAAAUUCUGCUCAGUAACCGGAAUGAAGUUCUACCAGAAACUCCUUUGGAUCUUCUUUGUUUUAUUGUGUUUUAUGGAGACGACAUAUUUCCGAAUUUGCGAAUUUCACUGCAAAUUGUAUUAACAAUAGCAGUUUCAAUUGCAAGCUGUGAGCGGUCAUUCAGCAAAUUGAAACUUAUUUUGUCGUAUUUGCGUGCUUCAAUGGGACAAGAUCGUCUCAUAGGAAAAUGUGAUUAAACGGGGGGGGGGGGGCGCCAAUUUUAUAGUUCGUCCCCGGGCGCAAAAUAUCCUAGCUACGCCUCUGGUGGCGUGUCACCAUCGUCGACUGCACACAGCAACUAAACUGCGAGCGGAGUGUCGCUUUCGUGCAGCUGAUGGCCGGGGAAGCAUGCGGCGGGCGCUGGGUCCGUGAUGGGGGGAGGGGAUGCGAGGCGAGGUUGUUAGAGACCCCCCACCCCCUGCUCCGAGUAAAGACGAACGUUCCUCAAACACGAUGAGAUACAUCGAGGACACGUGCUCUCGGGCUGUGUAGCUACCCGAGCCCGACCUGGCUCAUGUGUGUUGGUUACAUCUCAAUGUUGACCCUCCCCCCCAACAUAUCUUACUGGCAAAAGUCGUGAGCCCGUGGCGGCAACUCCACGUUCCAAGGCGUGAACCACGGCUAUCACCACGAUUCAUUUGGACCCUAGAGGGGGCGACCUCGAUCUCUAGCUGACCUCUCGCCGCCUCAAGAGGUCAUCACCAGCUCCUACCCGUGGCGCUGGCGGGGCACGGUGAGACGCUGCGCUCCCACGUUCCGAUGUCGAGCCCUGUGCGUGUGACAGUGCAGCAUGAGCAGCGGUUGGCAAACAAAACAACAGCCAUUUUUUUAUUCGGUAACCCCCCCCCCCUCCCCCCAAUGUCUCAAGAGCCUUAACAUCACGAAGCAGUCCUUCUUCUUGUUUCUUUCGGUAAAGUCACGUA